CAGCCUGAGCAGUCCAAAUUAUUGGCUUUGCGCGCCACAUCCUCCGUGUGUGGAGCAGCUCAUAAAACUACCAACCAUCACCAGUUCUGCUGCUGCAAAACAGGAGAGAGAGAGAGAGAGAGAGAUAGAGAUAGAUAGAUAGAGAUAGAGAGAGAUAGAGAGAGAUAGAGAGAGAGAGAGAGAGAGAGAAAUGCAUUGAAGUUUCCUGACUGGCUGAAGAGCAGAGUAGAAGGGAAAAUCUCUGAUUAGCCUUCUCCAACAGACGGGGAUUAAGCUUGGAGACUGAUUAUAAUAAAGCACACGUCAGCAGAUAUCCACCCAUCUGAGGACGGAGGAGGGGGUGGGGGAUGUCCUCCCCCUAGGUGCACUGUGCCUGUUGGGGGGGCCCCGAGCAGACCCAGGAACUGGAGGAUCCUCCUGCGCCACGACGCACCGCGGCUGCCUCUGCGCCUUUAACAAGCAUCCUAUGAUACUGUGCUCAAGAUGGCGGUGCAGGCAACAGAAAAGGAGGGGAUGACCGUGGAUGAGGAGCACCUGAGCGACUCGCUGGGGAACCCCGGGCUCAUCUCACCGGGCAAGGAGGAUUUAUCCCGUCUCUUGACGGUGCCGUUCAGCGGGCGCGUCCGCGGCGGAAUGCGACCCGGGAAGAAGAUCAUAGUGAUGGGGAUCGUGGGCCUGGAGCCAUACAGCUUUGACAUCAGCCUGACCUGCGGCCGAGAGUCGGAGAAAGAGGAGCCUCCAUACGACGUGGCCCUGAAGCUCACGGCGAGCUUCAGCGACCGCCAAUUCCUGCGCAGCGCCUGCAUCUCAGGAAAGUGGACCAAGGAGGAGGCGUCCACCGCUUACUUUCCUUUCAUUCCUGAUCAGCCUUUUAGGAUUGAAAUCCACUGCGAGCACCAGCGGUUCCGGAUUUUUGUGGACGGACAUCAGCUCUUUGACUUUUACCACAAAGUAAAAUCUUUAACCUCUAUCGAUACAGUACGGAUACAAGGAGACUUACAGAUCACAAAGCUUGGUUAACCUCCCACCUUUCCCACAACUUUGUUUUUAUGCGUGUGUGUGUUUGACAGAAGCAAAGACUUGAUAGAUGUCCACAC